GAUUGGUGCUCACCCAAGUGUGGGUAAUUCACGCCUGAGCGCAUCAUGCUGAGCAUUAUUGCGCGGAUUGGGAGCUGCAUUUGAGUUCGGAGAGCAGCACUAGUCAGAACAUGGAGUGAUGCGCCGCCAGCCAAGCAAUCAACCAGCAUGGAAAUUAUCCACUUAAAUAGUCGUCUUGAAUUUUGAAACGUCCUGCAAAGUAACCAUCAUCGGCCUGGAAAUGCUUCCUGAGGAUGCCGUUGCCAUUUGGCAUUUGAAGAAAAAUACUACGAAAGAAGAAGCCAAUUAAGUGAUUUACAAUCGUGACAAAGAGUGAUUACUGGAAUGGUUCGGCGGAGCCUGCAUUCGUUUUUACUUUGAGUGGUAAUGGCUGGCCGAGAUCAAGCGAAUGAUUAACAGUCAAACAGAAAAAUCCAAUCAAAGGUUUCCGUCCGACGACGGUAAUAAUACGACCCCCUUAUAGAUGUCCUGCACAAUCGGCAGUAACGACUAGCGGUGACCUGUUAUCACCGUAUGGCAUCGGGCCAAGAGCUGCGAAACAUUAAUCUUGAUAAAACGUCUGUAUCUUUGUAGUGGCGACUUUAUUAAAUGAAUAUUUUAUAAACAAAAGAAAUAAAAGGGGGAAUAGGACUACAGUGUCGUCGGGAAAAAGAUGGUUUCAGAUAUCGCAAUUAAGCACCACUGUGCAUCAGGGAGAUUGGGAUUUAUGCAUUUGAUAUGGUUAGCGGACCUGCCAAAUCAGAAGAGGGAUUUGUAUCUUGCGAUCGACAAAUCUUCCUUGAAAUUGAGACGUAUUUUGGAUUACUGCAUUCAGCUCCACUGUGUGAUGUGGAGAUGAACUGUUGAGGCAUCUGAUACUGGCAGAUAGGAAAACUCAAAUCAAAUUCCAACUUGUGCUUAGUUUGUAACAAACAGAAGUCUAAACAGAACGGAGCAUUUGUAUCGUGGGAUCGACAAAUCUUCAUUGCAAUUGAGACGGAUUUAGGAUUACUGCAACAUAUUCACCCCCACUGUGUGAUGUGGAGAUGAAUUGUUGAAGCAUUCCAUACUGGCUGACAGGGUAACUCAUAAAAUUCCAAUUUGCAUUCGUUUUGCAACAAACAGAACUCUAAACAGAACGGAGCGUUUGUAUCAUGCGAUCGACAAAUCUUCAUUGAAAUUGAGACUCAUUUAGGAUUACUGCAGCAUAUUCACCCCACUGUCGAACAGUUGAGGCAUUUGAUACUGCCGGGCAGGAUCACUCAUAAAAUUCCAAUUUGCAUUCGUUUUGCAACAAACGGAGCACUGAACACAAAGGAGCAUUUGUCCAAACCUUUCUGCAUUGAGGGAGUUUGAUCAGAUCCAGGAAUCUCAGGAUUGUAUUUUAUGAGGAAAUAAAUGAGAGAAACGCUCCAUGUAUUGUCUGAGGGAAGUAUGUGUUGGGCUUGUCUGAUGGGGGAUGUGGAAACCGUCUCCAUGCAAGACUUAAAGGAAAUUGAGAAAUCACUUUGCCAGCUGCGCGAGUUGCUAACUAACGCGUUGCCCGAUGACCUUCUAGAUGACGACACCGCGUCAUUCUCCAGUCACGAGUCCAACGGCUCGCUGAGCGAUCGGCGUGGAAGCCUUCCAAGUCCAAGUCACGAUCCCUGGUCCCACCUCAGGCAUCAGUUGCCAGGUCACCACAAGCUGAUCCAGCAACAACAGCAGCAGACGUCAACACCUAAUGAGUACGGCAACCCACCUCCUCUCAAGACCCCGGCACCCAUUCCUUAUCAGAAUGGGUACAGGGGGCACCAAGGCAAUGAACAGCUUCAGAAUGGCCAGCAGUACGUGGAGUCUUCGGAUGACGAAACCCUCGGACAGCAGUACGAACGAGGAGAGAUAGAGGGCGCUGCAAAUGACGAUGCACAUUUGCAGAGACGGAACUCAGAAACGGGGCACCAGUUUCCAGGCCACACUCAGCAGGGUAUCAGCGUACAUGGGAACCAGCGGCAGAUGCAGAGCAAUGGAUACGCGCAGAGUAACUUGCACGGUAACCACCUCGUGGCCCACGGAUACCAGGGACACGGCGACCAUGGUGAUUACCUGAUGACCAAUGGAUACCGAAAUGAUGGUUCCAAUCAUGAAUAUGCAAAUGAGGACCCGAUGCAUGAGAACGGCUUCGAGAGGCAAACAUUGGAAGAUGGCGACUUUGAGUAUCAGGACCAGAUGUAUGAUAAUCAGGUUCAGCAAUAUAGCCCAUCGCACAGAUUUACGCAGCAAUACUCGCCGAGCCGUCACCAAGUUCACGGUGACAACCAGCAUGCAAUGCAACAUGGGAGGAACGCCCAGACCUAUGCAAGGGAUCAUCGUCAUGACAACAAUCCAUCGAAUAACAACAAUCCUGCAAUUCACAGAGUUGAGUACAGAGGUGAUGGGGCCACCGCCACCAAUGUCCAUCAAACGGAGCCUGUGCAGCAUGGUAUGCCGCCCAGUAACGGCUUCCCUGCGGUUACCAGCCAAGCCACGGUGGGAUUUGGGCAGCAGGAUGCAGGGGACCUGUUGCAAAAGCAGUUUCUUGGCGUUGGUGGUGACGAGGAGACUAGACAGAUGGCCCAGCUACAGAUCCUUUACAAGGCCAGGGGCAGGGAACUAGACCAACUCGGGAAUCAACUCCAGGUGUUGAAGGAGGAGUCGGGACGAGACAAGCGGAUACUGAACCAUCAGCUGGCCUUAGCUCAAGGGGAGAGAGCAGGUGCUACAGCCAGCUACGAGCAGUGUCAGCAGCUGCUAGGUGAAUCACAGCAGGAGAACAGCAAGUUAAAGGGCCAGCUACAGGCAGCACAGGUUCAGAUACAGGCCUUGAAUGCGGCCAAACAUGAGGUGGAGGAGAAACUUCAGGCCACCGAGUCGGCCAUCGAGAGCUUGACCAGCCAGCUGUCUGAGCUCCAGCGCUCUCAGCCGCUCGCCAGGGCCCGAGAGCAGCAGGACGGUCUGCUCAAGAGCCUGCAGGAGAGAUACGAGCAGGAGGUGACCAGACUCAAGGAGAAAGUGGACAAUGGUGAAAGAAAUCUGGAGGAGAAGAGCACCGACAUAGAAAGCCUUCGUCGAGAACUGUCCAGGGUGUCUAAGGCAGCUGAGCUGGCCAAGCUUGAGCAGGGCAACACCAUCAACACACUGACAAGCCAGCUACAGAACAGCCAGAAGCAGUGCCGAGAUCUCCUAGAAACAGGCUCUCUACAGGAGAUCAACCUACUCCGAGUUCAGCUCCAGGAGGCUACUGCCGCUCGCACCUUCAGUCAAGACAUGACCAGCGCCUUACAGGAGGAACUCACAGAAAUGAAGGAGCAGCUGCAGAUGUACGAGUCGGCCAUGGAGCUGGGCGUCAUGGCAACCAAGUCACCGGAAUCUAUACACACAUCCAAGUCCUUCGCUGUCAGGAACCUGGCCAAGUCUGACUGGAAGACGCCACAAAGUUCCAGGUCGUCGUCAGACUCGGCCCCCAAGCUGUCCCCGGAGGACCUGGUGCAGGGCCUGCGGAAGGAGCUGGAGCGUUCCCUGCAGAGUAACCGCACCAAGCGCGCACAGGUCUCCAAGCUGCAGGCAGACCUCAGGGCAGCCAGGACGGAUCUGGAGGCAGGGAAGACUAGGCUGCUGGGCAUGGAGACUACUGCCAAGGAUAAAGAGGUUCGAUUUAAGGUCCUGGAAGCCCAGCUGGAGACUACCAAGGCUUCACCCACGGCCGAAAGAGCCACAUCCAGACGUCUCCAAGAUGAGAUUGACAAACUGCGGACGGAGAAGGAAGAUAUGAGCAAGACGCUGGAAGCACUCAAGGCGGAGGAGGGCCGCUUGAAUGAGGCCAACUCGGACUUGAAGAAACAGAUGGUACAGAUGGUGACAGAGUGGGAUCAGGAUAAGAAGAUUGACUUGGAGAGAGUGCAGAAGACAUGUCUUCAGCUCCACGAGGACUCGUCGCGUCAUCUCAGGGAGGAGCUGGCGACAGAGUUCCAAUCGGAGAGAGACAUGCUGAAGGAGGCUCAUCAACACCAGCUGCAGGAACUCAGAUCGGAGUUGGAGCAAGCUCAGAAGGAGCUAGACGCGGUUAAGGGACUCUACAUUGAUGUGUGUGAAGAGAAGAACAAGAUCGAGGAUACCGUCACCAAGACACUGAGGGCUGAAGCUUCUCAACAACUAGAAGCAGCCAAGGAGGCUUGGCAAGCCCAGCAUGAUGCAGCCGUGAAGGAGCUCAGAGAUUCCUUGGAGAGUAGUCACCGAGCAGAAUUGGUGAUGGCUAAGAGCGGCUGGAGACAAGAGGCGGAGGAGGAGAAUAAGAAGACAGUAGAGGAGCAGUUGGCCCUAGCCAAAGCUGAGUGGACCGAGGCAGCGCGCAAGGAGGCUGGGAAUAGCGCCCUCACUGCUGCCGAUGCCGAGUGGCGAGUCAAAAUGGAGACUGAGCUGGAACAGAGAGUUGAGCAAGCCAAGAAAGAUCUGGAAACCAACCACCAAGAGCAGCUUAGCAAGCAGAAGGAGCGGCUACAGGCCGAGCACGAGGGGAACAAGGCUGGGGCUGUCCUGAUGGCUAUGGCUAAGGCUAAGACUGAGUGGAUGAAGGCUGCCGAGGCUGAGCAUGUGAUGGACAAGGCAGGGGCUAUCCAGACGGCUGUGGCUAAGGCUCAGACUGAGUGGAUUAAGGCUGCCGAGGCUGGCACCAAGGAGAAACUGAAGAAGGCUAUUGAGAUGGCUAGGGAACAGUGGAUGCAAGAAGAUCCUGAAAAGAGACUGGACGAAGCUAUCUCGGCUGCAAGACGACAGUGGACCGACGAGAAAGUGGACUGGGAAAAAGUCAAAGAAGAGUGGAUGAAAGAAAAGGGAGAAGAAGAAAUCACAAAGGGAGUAGCAGAGCGAACAAAGUCACUUGAGUCCAAACACCUGACAGACAUCACCAACCUGCAAGCAAUCCUGGAGCAGGGAAGACAGAAGAUGAAGCAAGAGGCAGAGAGGGACAGAGCAGCUGCCGUGGAGGAAGCCAAGACACGGAUGGAGAAGGAACACCAGCGAGUCAUGGAGGAGAUGCUGAGAGAUGCUCAAACAAAGGCAGAGAAGGACCAAAGUCAACGUUUGGAGCGUGCAUCCAAUGAUUGGCAGUCCAGACUGGAUGAGGAAAUCAACUCACGGCAAGACGCAAUCAACAAGGCAUUGCAGGAGGCACAGGACCAAUGGCAAAAGGAGAAGCAAGACAUGCUGGAUGCUCAGAAGGCUGCCUUGGUUGCCCUGACGGCCGAGACUGAAGCUGAUCAGGAAGAGCUGAGAUCCCAAUAUGAGGCGGAGCUAGAGAGGGGAAUAGAGGAGGCGGUCCGCUCAGCGAGAGAUCAGUGGUCCAAGAAUUGCGAUACUGAACUGAGGAAAGCUUGCGACGAGAUCCUUGAGCGCAAGGAGCAGAUCUGGAAGCAAGAACGCAACGACCUGCAAGAGCAGCUCAGCGACUCCGCCGCCCAGCUCCGCGACCACCAGCGACAGGCCGAACGCCACCGCCGCAAGCACGCCCUCGCCAGGCAGAAACUGGAGAAGGAGAUCGAGUCGCUGCGAGAGCAGCUCCAGGACGCGGACCGGGAGCUGAAACAGACGGAGUACGGCCUACGACGGGAGCUGGAGCAGCUACAGGGGCGGCUGACGGGGGCCAACGCGGCCGCUGUCGAGGCCUUGGAGGCCAAGAUGGCCGGGAUGCAGAGGAGAUAUGAGGAGGAGCUACAAGCAGCCCGACGGCAGAGAGGAGACGGAGAGAAGAUGGCUGAUGCGGAAACACAGACCGUUGGGCAAAAUGAUGACAGCGUGUCAAGUGAAGCCUUGCAAGAAAUUAAAGCUCACUACAUCAGAACGGUCAAGAAAAUCAAAGUUGACGUAAUGAAGCGAAUGAAUGACAUGAGAGAGAACUGUCGACACACCGUGCACAGCGAAGUCAUGAAGGAACGGCACAACACGGCCAAGAAGCUACGCAGAUACUACCUAGAAUGCCUACAGAAGUUCCUUGAAGAGGAUCAGAAUCAGACAGGGAAUGGCAAGACCAAAGCCAAGUCCACGGCCAGCAAGCUUGCCGCCAUGGCAAAGGCCUUGGAGCUUCCCCCGGACCAGCUGGCUACAAAGCUCCCACAACCGGUGGCAUCAGCACAGGGUGACCCAUCCAGGAGCCAAGAGAAAGACCCAGGUCCUAGCCAGAGUGCCAAGAGUGCCACGGGUAAAAACAAAUCAACAGCCGUGGCAGAGACAGUUACUGAGGAUAGACAACAUCACCAGCCCAAGAGUGACGUGUCUCAAGGCCUGCCAGCCAAGGUAAGGCAUCCGCAUGUCUCCUCUAACAAGAUCGCCAGCUACUCUACCUCUGGUCUCAGAAAAUCUGCAAAUGAUCAGGCAAUGCCGUCUUCAACACCCGACAGCUCAUCAGACAGACUCGGAAGCGGGAGAUCAUCUGAUGAAUUCGGUCCCACGUCUUUGGGAAGUUCUUGGGACGAGAUGGAGACUGGAAUCGCACUCAGCAAGCUGCCCAUUCAACCCAGAGAGUUCAAUCCGAAACCGGAGCGACUGGCUUCCAAAAGCCACGGCAGAACAGAAGAUAAUCCUUCCCUCACAACUUCCUCAUUAUCAACAGGGAGUGUGUCUGCUAGAUCUAGGGAUAGCUCACCAGACAAUUCAUCCAGUGGUGCAAGAAAAGUGGUGUCCAACUCAAGCAGUAGAUCAGUGACUCUUAAAUCCAGGGAAAGCUCUCCUGAUUCCUCCCCUGUUACUGCUCAGAGUACGGAGCAUUCAAAGAACCAAGAUGGAUUCUCAGAACCGACACACAGGAAUGUCACGAGCAACUCUGUCAGGAACUGGGUGACCGCAAAGUCACGAGAAAGCUCCCCAGAGUCUUCAGGCAAUGGGUCUCCCGGAUUGAGGUUUCCAACCAAGAAUUACUCUGCCCCCUCCAAAUCCAGCUCCAACAUCACCGUCCGAUCGCGGAGAAAUGAGACGCCCUCUACGAUUGGCCGAGACGGCAGUGUGUCACAGCACAGCCCUUUCAAGCGACCAAUCACAGACCACAAGAGAAGUGCCGAGCCUAGGAAGGGUCCGGUGAAAGUCCCACCCCCGACUGAAAAGACGGCAGCGAUGCUGGCGACCGUUUCCGCACCGACUCUCAGACAAGUGCUCCAAGUCACAAGACACACUGAGUUGCCUUCGCUAGGACCUUACAAAGCAACAGACAUCUCGAGCGGUUCCCUUGACACUGUGUACAAUGACCUGCCUGCGAGUCUGGGUACCAUACAGGACUUCCCUCUCGACAACCCCCGGGAUUUCCCGCUGGAUAAAGUCGUCCGAUUUGAUGAGCCCCCUAGGGGAACUUUUGCCAAAAAAAGUAAAAUUGAGUUAGAAAAUACCCGAACAAAGCUCAGCGGUGUUUCAGGCUCAAGGAAAUUUAAUGGGGCAUCUACCUUGCCUUCCAUGUCAAACAUUGGUUCUAAGAAAUGGACGCUGAGAUCUACUGAUAAGUUAGAGUAUUUACUACGACAGGAUAGCGGAUUUGAAAGUCCACAAUUUGAAGAACAAAUUGGCAUGUAAAUUAUUAGUAUUUUUUAAAAAUCUGUCUUUGUUGUGUGUAUGAGCAAUUUCCCAAUCUCUACAUUGUACUUUUGAAAAAAAAAUUCUGUUCACAGUGUUUAUCAAUUCCACUAUGUAAAGACAAACCUCACAUUGAGAAAAAUGUACUCAAAAUAGUUGUGCUGCAAGUUUCUGUAUUUAAAAUCGCAACAAAUUUUUUAACAGAUUUUAUGCAUUAAAAACAGCAAAUGACACUAACGUGCAUGAUCAAAUGUUAGGAUAUUGAACAAUAAAGAUUACCAGUUUUUUUUCACAUGGAAUUUUUAGCCUCAGUAAUUACAGAUUUCUAGAUUUAAUAUGGAACUUCAGCAGUUUCUCUACUCAAACAAAAAUACAACUGUUUGUUUCACAAUAACCAGUCAACUUAAAGGUAGAGUUACUAGAGUACACCAUUUGUAAUUUGUGCAUUUUGUUUGUUUGAACCAAACAAGUGCUCAAGAUCUAAAGAUGGGUGCUAAAUAACUAAACCUGAUGAAGUUUUAGCUCUGUGAAUGCUGUAUAUUUAGAGAAAACAGAACAUUUAUUACAUAACAUAAACAUAGUAUUCUGGGUCUCGAUUUCAAUUCCAAAGUUGCCGAGUAUCAUAUUUUGAAUUGUGUCCUCCCAUGACACAAUCCCGAAAUCAAUUCAGGACAUGAUUCUCAUUCACAGAUUCGCACAAUUGACCUAUCGCCGUUUGCGAGUUAGCCACGCCCCUUAGACAACCCUAUGGAGUUUUUGUACAAAAAGCUUUGUUUGUCUCAGAAUUUGCGUGUUCCGCGUCCAUUUGUAUAUUCCUUAAUUGGACAAUAUUUCACAAGCUGCGUUGACGCGAUUCCAACGCAAUUCUACCGCGAUAGGUCAAUUUGCAAACCAACUACACAAAUUAGAACGCAAUGGGGCGGAUUCGCAAAAAAAUUCCAAUAAUGUGUCACUUGACACAUCUUUGGAAAUGACUUUCUUUCAUUGUUUUCUUCAAAAGGACAGCAUGCCAGAAGGAAUAAUUUCACAGGGAGUUUAGUGUCAUUACUAUCUUUAAACCAAGUGAGCUUUUUCAAAAUAAUUUGCUCGGUUACUUUUUGGAUGGCUGUAAACGGUCUACUCUAUCUUUAACAGGAUCAUCAAAAAUGACAAAUAUGUAGAUCACAGAUGUAGCAAACUGUUUAAACAUCAAUUGGUGAACCGCAAUGGUAUAGUUUCUUUUUUAAAGUUUACCUUUUCAAGUAGGUUGCUGGAAUUCUGUUACUAUUUUCAGCUACCACUCUGUUUCCCCAUGGGUCUCUGAUGAUUCAGACCUUCCACUGUAAUGGCCUAUUUUUUUGUCCAGGUCAACAAAAUCCAUGACAGCGGUCAUCAGGGGUACGCCCACAUUUUCUGUGCCACAACUUUCUGCACAUGUAUAGAAAGCGCUGCAAAUGCUUAAUGAUACUGCUUUCUUUGACUGAAAGUAUCCAGUGUCUAACUGUGCCUUACUGUAGAUUAAAAGUGAUGUAUUAUAGUUGUAAAUAAUAGCAUAAAAAGUUUAUUUAUAUAUUUGUAAUUGUAAUUGAUUGUUGAUUUUUGAGUUGAAAUAAAAUAAUUUAAAUUGAAGAUAUUCAUCAA